AUGUCAGUUCAGUUGUUAAAUCCAAAGGCCGAGUCCCUAAGAAGAGAUGCUGCUUUAAAAGUCAACGUCACUUCAGCGGAGGGUCUUCAAUCCGUUUUGGAAACUAACCUAGGACCUAAGGGUACUUUGAAAAUGUUGGUCGAUGGUGCCGGUAAUAUCAAGUUGACCAAAGAUGGUAAAGUCCUAUUGACUGAAAUGCAAAUACAGUCUCCGACUGCUGUCAUGAUUGCUCGUGCAGCCACUGCCCAAGAUGAAAUUACUGGGGACGGUACUACAACCGUUGUCUGCUUGGUGGGAGAACUGAUGAAACAAGCUUAUAGAUAUAUUCAAGAAGGUGUCCAUCCAAGAACAAUUACUGACGGGUUUGAGAUUGCAAGAAAGGAAACCUUAAGUUUUUUGGAUACCUUCAAAAUCGAAAAGAGCGCUGAGGAGGAUUUGGAUCGUGAAUUUUUAUUGCAGGUUGCCAGAAGUUCCUUAUGUACUAAAGUCAACCCAGAACUCACUGAAGUUUUAACACCAAUCGUCACUGAUGCUGUUUUGGCUGUUCAAGAUCCUAACAACAGAAAUCUAGAUUUACACAUGAUUGAAAUAAUGCAAAUGCAACAUCUAUCUCCACAGGAUACCACUUUUGUUAAAGGAUUAAUUUUGGAUCAUGGAGGAAGACAUCCUGAUAUGCCAACCAGAGUCGAAAAUGCACAUGUUUUGAUUCUAAAUGUUUCUUUGGAAUAUGAGAAGACGGAAGUCAACUCUGGUUUCUUUUACAGCUCUGCUGACCAACGAGACAAGUUGGCUGCUAGUGAAAGAAAAUUUGUUGAUGAGAAAUUAAAAAAAAUCAUCGACUUGAAGAAUGAAGUAUGUGGUAUGGAUUCUAAAGAGGGUUUUGUUAUCAUAAACCAAAAAGGUAUCGACCCAAUGUCAUUAGAUGUUCUUGCUAAACACAACAUUCUUGCUCUAAGAAGAGCCAAGAGACGUAAUAUGGAAAGACUACAACUCGUCACUGGGGGUGAAGCUCAAAAUUCCGUUGAUGAUCUUUCGCCUAAAAUUUUAGGUUAUUCCGGAUUGGUUUACCAGGAAACUAUCGGCGAGGAGAAAUUUACUUACGUCACCGAAAACAGAGAUCCUAAGUCUUGUACCAUUUUGAUUAAAGGUUCUACUCACCACGCUUUGACCCAAACCAAAGAUGCAGUAAGAGAUGGUUUAAGAGCUGUUGCAAAUGUCAUCAAAGACAGUGCUGUCGUUCCUGGCGCUGGGGCAUUCUUCAUUUCUGCUUCCCAGCACUUGAAAAGGGCGAAUAUGAACAAGCUAGGCGCCAAAGGUAAAGCAAAAACAGGUGUACAAGCCUUUUCAGACGCACUUUUGUCUAUUCCUAAGACAUUAAUAAAGAAUUCCGGAUAUGAUGCCCUUGAUGUACUUGCCCAAUGCCAAGACGAGUUGGAAGAAGAUGAGACAAGAAUAGUGGGUGUUGAUCUAAAUAUUGGCGACUCUUGUGAUCCAACUAUAGAAGGUGUUUGGGACUCUUAUCGUGUCCUCAGAAAUGCAGUAACUGGUGCCGCAGGUAUAGCCUCUAACUUGUUGCUAUGCGACGAACUACUCAGAGCCGGUAGAUCUACAUUGAAGGAAGGUCCACCACAAUAA